AUGGAAGAAUGUCUCCAAGACCUGCAGCACGCCCCACGAAACCACUCUAGCGCGAAGGCCUCCGCUCUCGUACGGGACAAUCAUCGGUGUAUGGUUACCGGCCUACCCGAUUAUCAGGCGUUAUCGCUGAACCUCACCCCCGCGCUGCCUAACAAUGAUUUUGCGAUGACUCAAUGUUCCCACAUCUUUCCAGAGGUUUGGGGGAACAUCGUGAUCGGCGGGUCUGCAGCAAAUCAGGAACCGCUCCAGGAGAAAGAGGCUGCGACUUCAUGGAACACACUGAAGCGAUUCGGGUGUGCGGAUGUCUCCGCGGAGCUCGGGUCGGCGACCCAAGGGGCCAACCUGCAUAGGCUGGAAAAUAUCCUCACACUUGAUGUCAGAAUUCACCUUCUCUUCGACGCGAUGAACCUGUGGUUUGAGGCUGUCAAGGAUCAGCCAAACUGCUACAACGUCAAGCUUGCUCCCAACAGGCCAGGGAGACCGCCCUUUAUCCCAGAAAGGGUGCAGUUCGUCUCUCAUCGCCCUGAAUUGCCUCUCCCCAGCCCGAGGUACCUCGAAGUUCACGCAGCCUGCUGUCGGGUCGCACACAUGUCGGGUGCCGCCGAGUAUCUCGACCUCAUCUACCGCCACAUGGAAGAAUUGGAGGUCUUGGCAAACAACGGCGCAUCUGCAGACGUGCUUACCUUUGCCCUUCACCGCCGACUCGCAGUAGUAGACCCUGUCUAG